AUGUCUCACAACGAAAUUCAAGUCGACGUCCUGGUCAUUGGAGCCGGACCAACUGGUCUCGGCGCUGCCAAGCGCCUCCAACAUCUGAACAGUGCUUCUUGGCUUAUCGUCGACUCCAACGAAACCCCGGGUGGUCUUGCCUCUACUGAUACCACUCCCGAAGGAUUUUUGUUCGAUGUUGGUGGACACGUCAUCUUCUCCCACUACAAGUAUUUUGACGACUGCCUCAACGAAGCUCUGCCAAACUCUGAUGACUGGUACGAGCACCAACGCAUCUCGUAUGUCCGGUACCAGGGCCUUUGGGUCCCAUAUCCUUUCCAGAACAACAUUGCGGUCCUUCCUAAGGAAGAGCAGGCUAGAUGCCUUGGUAGUCUGAUAGACGCUGCUCUUGAAGCUCGUGGGAGGGCUCCGUCUGAUAAGCCACGCAACUUUGAUGAGUGGAACAUCAGAAACGUUGGAGAGCGCUUGAACGAGAUCUUUAUGCGUCCCUACAACUUUAAAGUCUGGGCCAUCCCCACGACCGAGAUGAACGCUACAUGGGUGGGAGAGAGAGUUGCUGCUCCCAACCUCAAGCUUCUCACUACCAACGCCAUCCUCGGCAAAGUAGCUGGCGGCUGGGGCCCCAAUGCGACUUUCCGCUUCCCUGCCAAGGAAGGCACUGGUGGUAUCUGGACUGCCGUCGCCGACACCCUCGACAAGGAAAAGACCCGAUUCGGUGAUCACGGUGCGGUGGCGAAGGUAGAUGCUGACUCCAAGACAGCCCACCUCAAAGAUGGAACCAUUGUUAAGUAUGGGGCUCUCAUCUCUACCAUGGCGAUCGAUCACUUGGCCGAGACAAUGGGCGAUGAAAAGCUUCAGCAGCUGGCAAAGCCUCUCUACUACUCUUCUACAAACGUCAUCGGUAUUGGCGUUCGUGGAGAGCGUCCUGAGCGCAUCGGUGAUAAAUGCUGGCUGUACUUCCCCGAAGAUAACUGCCCCUUCUACCGAGCCACAAUCUUUUCCAAUUACUCUCCGUUCAACCAGCCCAGUGAAGAAGUCAAGCUCCCCACCAAGCAGCUGGCAAACGGGGAAGUGCCUACCUCAUCCGAGCCUACGUCCGGCCCCUACUGGUCCAUCAUGCUCGAAGUUUCCGAGUCCUCCCACAAGCCUGUCAACCAAGAGACUCUGCUCGAGGAAACCAUCAAGGGUCUCAUUAACACAGACCUUCUGAAACCCGAGGACGAGAUUGUGAGCACUUACGUCCGACGUUUCGAUCAUGGAUAUCCUACUCCUACUCUUGAGCGGGAUGGUGCAUUGGCAGAAGUCCAGCCUUACCUCUACGGCAAGAACAUUCUCUCUCGCGGUCGGUUUGGGGCCUGGAAGUACGAAGUUGGAAACCAAGACCAUAGCUUCAUGCAAGGAGUCGAGAGCGUCGAUCACAUUCUCUCUGGCAGCGUGGAGCUUACAGUGUCAUAUCCGGACUUUGUUAACACUCGUGCCAACACCGAACGACGCCUUGCGGGACUGCAAGGAAUUCAGAUCUAG